GUGAACAUCACUUACACCAGUUCUUGGCUCUCAAACAGAAAGAAAUCGAGCUCUAAAUAUGCUUCACUUACUCUCCAAUUUAGCCUAAGGCAAUUUUUCAACAAUGUUUCGAGUCACCGCAUUUCGAGGAAAUUGACAGUUCAGAUCAGACAUGGGUUGCAUAACCAAAAUAGCGCUACCCGACUCCGCUAUUUCUUUACCUCGUGACUUAGUGUAAGAAUGGACUAAUACAUGAACUGACAUCAGAAAACUGACAUUAAUGCAGUCUGUCAAAAAGAUAGAUUCAUUUUGUACGAAGGUAAAGACGCGAUGGAACGUUCAGCCCUGGAUCGCGCCUCAAACAGACGUCGCAAGGACACAAAAUGUUGUCAAAGUAAGCUUGUUUACUUAUUUCGUUGUAUCUCUCCAUCUUCUUUGGCGAUGUUUUACGUUUUCCACACAAACAUCUUCAUAUGGCUGAUUACCUCAGCGCUAAAAUUGAGAUUUUCAACCGCCAAUGUUGUGACGUAUAAAGAUUUCCGGUUCUUUGUAUUUGAUAACUAAUAAACUUCGUUCACAAGUUCUACUUAACGAAGGGAAACAAACGAUUUGAAACUGAUAAACUCCCAAAACUGCGAACAAAGAUCCAGCUUGGUUAUAAGUUGUACCUCACAGGAGACCCCAUUAGCCAAACUUGUGAAGUGAACGGUGAGAUAUCAAGAUAUUAUUCAAAACAAUAUUUCGGCCAGGCAGACCUGGCUUUUUCAGAUUUAGAUAAUACUGGAGUAUAUCACGGCUUUACAAUACUAUGUUAUCGUAGCUAAUUAAGCUUUAAUACCCAUAGGAGAACAAAUAUAUUAUACCACCCUGUCAUUUGUAUUUCGAAUACAUUUACUUCCGCUUUCGUUUGCCCACACGAGUGUUUUCGAAAAGUCUACUCUGAAGACCGUUUUAGUGUGAAAGGCUAAUCUCACCAGGUUAAAAUGCGUUCUCGGUGUUUGAAAAAUUUUGUAUAUAAUAUUGGAAAAUUUUCAUGCAAUUUCCCUUCCUUAGAAUGUUUAAGCUUCUUAAAUUUCGCUCGACAGUUGUCCACUUUUCUAAUUAAUGCUCCUUCACUCUUGUCCGAAUAAUUUUGCUAAUGUUUUCACUAACUAUGCCUUAUUAUCAUAAUUUGACGAAGACUUACAAGUGUUUAAUCAUUUGUUUCAUGAUUUAGAGUCCCUAUUAAGUGUAGAUCACUAUACUAUUAGUUUUAGUCACUCGUAGGAAGCUUGCUUGACAGGAACAAGGCAGAUCAGUCUUUUGUUGAUCAUAUGCAAGGAUGUUGUUGGGAUAUCUUUGUUGACCAUGAUGAUAAUAAAGGAUGCUAAAUCGUCCCACUAAUAAUUCAAGCGUCACUGUCAAUUGUAAAUUCAAGACGUCAAUUGAAGAUCGCAAUGUUUCGACCAUUAUUUAAAUUGCUAAUAUUUGAGGGGCGACGAAGAUUCGUUGCACAUAGUAAAUCAAUCAAAACGGGGCCCGGAUAAUUCUCUUCUCUAUUUGUUUGUUUUUUCAUAUUUUUGUUUGAAAUUUUCACGUCUGCAUCAAUUGUCACCCAUCAAGAGCUAAAUGUAGAUCGUUUAGCAUACCAGACAACCUUGAGUCAUCAAUGGUCACGGGUGAACGCACGUACAUUCGUUGAAAAGUCAACAGAAAAUUUACUAGUCGCAUUCGUGACGUCUGUGACUCAUCUGCUUAGGGAAAUCCCCCAGUCUUCCUUGCCUGCCGAAAAAGCUCCACGCGUUAUUAGUUGCACCAUCACUUUCCCGUGCGCUUCUAUCAUUAAGAUCGUCAGCGGAAUACAAUAAAUCAACUUGGAAAGGGUUUUAAUUACCACAGAUUUUCUCUAUUCAACAAGAAGAAACCUUAAUUUCAGUAUCCAAGCGGGCUAGAAUGGGUAAGCAGUGGUGUGGCCUAAAUCCCUCUUUUUGCCGUUCUUCCCGAUCGAGUCGAUUCCCUUUUUUGUAUGCAUUUAUUUUAGUGGACUGGCUAUUCAUACCGCUAGCAACCUGUGGACAAUUUUCGAUCAAUCUUUCACGUUUGUUUCUCUUACAGUUUUCUCUCAUAUGGUAUGAAGAGCGACAUCGAGCUCAAGGUAAGAGGGGAUUUGUGUACUAUUCAAAUUUUUGGUCAUAUAUUUCAUCGUCGCGCAAAAGAAUACAUUCGAGUUCGACAUAGAAACCUGGUCAUUGUACAGAAUGUUUGUGUUAUGAACCUGUUGAAAAGCCAAACUACCACGACCCUCCUUAGGGCCUGUUUACAUAGGUGAAGUAACCCGCCUUGCCGUGGUCGAAAAAUAACCCGCGUUUACAGACAACCUUACAAGCCCGGGAUUCUCGAGGUUGUCAUCGCACUUGUAAUUACAGAGUUAAAGAUGUCACUACGGCGACUUGUGGGAAAACUUUGCCGAAAAAACGUGAUGUAUUUUGCUCUAAAAUUUUCGCCAAUAGCUCGAUGCGUCAACCGUACCAUGUCUUCACUUCGGCGUAAUAUGUGAAUGGACUAAAGAAAUGGUGUCUUAACGUUUUAGCUUUGUAUGGGACGGGUAGGAGAUGUACAAAGUUUUGACACUCUCGUGUUUCGCAAUUGUUUGGCUCAUUUGAUCUUUUAGUAACAUGAACACAACACCGGCAACGCGCCUAGGUGGGUCACCCCACCUAUCAUGUAAACGCGAUCAAGAUAAAAUAAUAGAUUAUAUGGACAAGUGGGUUACCUCAACUACCUGGGGUUCCUCACUUUCGUGUAAACAGGCUCUAAAUAUCCAUUAUAGGGGCAUCCGAAGACAUAAAUUCCACUUUGGUUAGGUCAUUCUUGUCAUACUAAGAAAUUUCAUCUUUCAAAAUUAUUGUAUAAUCUUCAGAGGGUAUAUUAUAAUGAAGGCAUUGAAAGCCUUCUCUGAAACCAGCAUCCCUAUUCCACUUAAGUGAAUACAAUCAUGACUUUAAAUUGUCUAUAAGCUUGAGAUACAUCUAUGAAAAUGUAUUUAUAUGAAAUAAUUUGUACUUCAGGUUAAAGUCCUACCAAAGGGAUGAACAGUAAAUGGUUAUAGCAGUUGCCCAUUUCCAAAUCACCUUUGGCCUCUUUUUCAAAGCAAGACCUGGUGCUCAUCCUUUCAUAUGAUUAUAACUUUUCAUUCCUAUGCAAAAUAAAUUCAUUUGCAUAUGAAUGAUUGAGUAUGAUGCCUUAUUUUGGAAAAGAGGCAAAAGGUAAUUUGGAAAUGGCCUAUUGAAAAAGGAAUAGUGUAACAAUUUAACCCCUCCUAACGAUGUGGCUUUUUCAUCUUUAUGUCCAACUGCAUCAAGAAUUUUGUUAUAGAUAUUUUCUAGAAUCAUGCUCAAAAUGGAUUAAUAGUUCUUCUUUUUCUUUCCCUUAGAUAACACUACUUUGGUUACUAUGGCUGCAGUCUCCGGUAAAAUGUAGACCCAUACCUUGUCCUCUGUCGAAAAACAUUGCACGGUAUGGUCCCAAUGGUGAAAUAGUGGACUGUGUUCCUUGUGCAAACUGUCCCAUUGGACAGGGGUUGUCAUUUCCCUGUGGAUCUAGGGUGUCAAAUAGCUCAAAAAUUGAGUGUGUAUUUUGUGAGCCCAACAAAACUUACUCUGAUGACCAUGGAAAAGGACACUGCAAAACAUGUCAAGAUUGUGGUGUUAGGAAUGUGAUUCAGGAAUGCACAAUCAACCAGAACCGUGAGUGUGGGAAAACAUGUCCUAAAGGGUAUGAUUUUGAUAAUACAUUUGAUGACUGUGUGGAAGAGCCAGAAUCAGAGAUGUCCACAACUAUUUCAACACAUUCCACAAAAACUGUCAAACUGAAAACCAGUGACAAAGAAACAACUGAAACACCACAUAAAAGAGAAGCUCAAGAUGUUACCACUACUGCCUCAAGUGAUUCUAUCGAUAUAAACAGCAGUCAGCCAAAAUUUCCAUCAACAGCUGUUGAUAAUACCCCUUCACAAGGGACAUCACUGAAGGGAACUAAUAACUCUCCAUAUGUGUGGUCAACAAAGGAAGUUCAGCUUCAACAGGACCACAAAGCACUUUUAAUAGCUAUCUAUGUUUUAAUAGCUGUAGUGAUUGUUGUGACUAUCAUAGUGCUGGUGAUUGUCUGCAAGAAAGGGCAAGAUCACAGCACUUCAAAGAGAGAUGGAGAGCCAAGAGGUAGGAUUUUAAUACUUAUAUGGUCAAAAAUCCUGGUGGCAAGUCCUCUGAUCUUGUCAUCAAGGAACUGAUAGCAGGAAAACCUCAACCUUUAACUCCCACAACUAACCUGAACAUAAUCUCUUCCCACAAUAUCAUCACAAAAUGAAGCAGACAAGUGAUGAGAAUAAAGCAAAAUAUAAAUUAGAGGAUUAUUUAUUGAUCAAUUACCAAUUUCUCCAAUAUCACUCCUGGAGAAUUGUAUGACAGACAGUAAGAAGAAUUACAAAUGAGAUCAUGGGAGUGAACAGCUUACCUGAAACUGAUAAAAAAAAAUUAACAUCCAGUUUUAUGUCAAGAGAUUUAAGUUACCCAGUAGUUUGGGAAAGCAGUCAAUUCUUAACAUUCCCCAAAUUAGAAUAUUUUAUUUUAGAUCACAUAUUCACCCUCUUCUACCUAAAUUUUGCCUUUUCAACUAUUUCAGUAAAGGCAUCUCUCAAUUUGACAAUAAGCCCACAUCUCAAACAUUUAACCCUCUAACUACAGGGCAAGGAAUGACCAAGACAGUAAGGUGAAUACAUUAUGAGAUCUGGGAGUGAGAGGGUUAAGAUCUUAAUCCUUGUAACAGACUGAAUUUAUUCAUAAAACUCUAUUAAGAUUUUAAUUUUGGUGAUUGUAACUUUAAGUUUAUUUAACAAUUAAUUUUAGCUCUCCUGUUUAUAUUUUUGCAGAAGUCUAUAUACAUGCAGUGCAUGCCUGGUCAAUAAUUGCAAUUAACUCAAAACAUUCAAUUUUUAGAUAUUGCAGAGGAAAAUAUUCCACUGACUGAUAUUGAUGAAAGUGAGGGUUCAUCACGAGCCACAAUUAGUAGCUCUUCAACACAAGGUAUUUCAAAGUUUGAAUUCAACAUAGGAUAGGUUAGCGUCAUCUUACAAAAACAAAAAAACAAAAACAGUAAGGAUUGUUUUGCAAUUUUUUCCUAAUUCUGGGGAUUGAAAGGGGUUAAGUUUCUGGUGAAAUUGCCAUGCUACGUCGGUGGGAGAGUACAACAGGGUAAUAAUUAAUAACAUGAAAUAAGUUACAAAUGUAAAUUGGCCACCAUAAAGAGUAUAAAAGCUGACAUUUCAAGCAUUAGCCCUUCCUCAGAUUGAUUGGAAGAAUUGUAGGUUGUGUGUUUAUAUAUGCGGAUAAUGGAGCCACACUGUUUGUGGGAAUAUGGUGAAGAGAUAACGAGAAUAAAUUUUAGUUAAACUCUCUCAAACUAGAGAUUUAGUUUGCUACUCAGUAUAAUAAAAGUCUAUCAUGACACCUCAUUUAGCAUAAACCAAGCAGCAGUCACCCUUUGAUCAGCUAUCCAAACCUGGCUUCAUUUAAUUUUCAUGACCUGAAUUGGUAAUUUCACCUUAAAUCAAAAAGAUGUGUGUAUCACGUAUUGCUUUUAUACAAUUAGCAUAAAUAUUUGAACCAAAAAUUUCAUUUUUUUGUCGCAGUGCAACAGUUAUCAUUGUAUUACCAGAAAUUGUGGCUUUAUCAAUUAAUGCAGUCUAAAUAUUGACUUCUUAAACUCUAAGAUCUGAUUCAUUUUAAAUUCUCCCUUCUAUAGUGGCAUCUGUUUAUUCCAGCCCCUAGAAAUCAGGAAGCCAGGAGUAUUUUCUUUAGCUGCCGACAAAGUUUGAAUUCUCAUUACCUGGUGGCUGGUUCAAAUAUCAAAAUUGUGUGGAUCGAGAACAUGUUAAUUGCAUCAGAGAAAUUAAGAGAAAGAGCUUCAAGUUUUUAUGCUUUUUUCAUUUUUUUCAUUAGAGGAUUUGCGUGAUCCUGCUCUUGAAGAUAAUGCCACAGAACCUCUUUUAACACUGGCAUCAGUGGACAUUCCUACAGGUACAAUUGAGUCGAAUAGGCCAUUUUACAAUUGUGUACUUCAUUGCCAAGCCUUUGAUUGGAGUGAGGCUGAAGGUGACCAUGUUGUGAUAGAGACCAGUAUCUACUGGUAGUUGGUAUGAUAACAAAGUAAUUAAUUUACAUUUGAAAGCAGCAAGGUUUACUUUGUAUCAUAACAACGUCACCCUUAUCCUCACUCAUGUUCGAAGGCUUGGCAACCAAGCACACAACUGUAAAAUGGACUAUUGCAUUAUGACAGUUUUUCUUUUCAAUUUUUUUCUCUAUAUAUCUUAGUAUUCCUACAAUUACCUUCCAGUAAAUUAACCGAAAGGUUGCACAUUCUAUGAAAUGUUCUAAACAAUAAUUAAAAAAGGCCUGCAUUUUGUUUUUUGCUUACUAAUGAUUUUCUUAAAAUAAUACGUAAAAAUAAUAUCCAUCAACAAUUAUCUUUUUAGAUAACAACAUAUCAAGAAAUGAGGUUUCUUCUCAUGCCAGUGAUGCUCAAGGGGAGGAUGACAUGAAUGUAGAAAAUAUUCCUGCAGGUGAUAAUAAUUUAUAGUCAUAAUAGCAAAAGCCUCACUCCAAGGUUGUAAAUCUUAAUAUAAGGUGAUGAAAACAGUACAUGCCGAUACUUGUAUUGCAAUGAUAACAUGAUAAAAACCCAUGCAACUAAAAUGGAAGAUGACUUUGACCAACCAUUUAUCCAUACAUCAAUACAUAAAUACAGUUAAUAUCCUGGCACCUCCCUGUAAUUCAUAAAAACUGCAUAAUUUAUUAUAAGUGAUUCCACACAAAUGUCCCCAAAUCUGAAAACUUGUGGAUGUGAAAUGCACACACCUCAAAAUUGUGAAGUGAACAUUGGUCCGUCGGAUGAAAACCAAAUUACGUGACUCUGAACAAUCCCGAAUCGUAUGAAUUUUACAAGAAUUUUAUUCGAUCUGAAAUAAUAAAAUAAAUAACAUUCCUAAACAACAGAACCUAACCAAAAAUAAGAGACCUAAGUACAUCAUAUAAUCUUAAAAACACGAACAGAUUUAACCGCUAAUUACAUGCGGUCUUACAGAAAUUACACCAACAGAAAUCAACGCGAAUAAUUGAAUGUAACAAAGCCUAAGAAAACCAAAAACGACUUAAAACAACUGACUUACUUCGUGACGGGAUUCCAGAGUUAAACUGAACUGUGUAACCAUUAAAAACAGGAAAGCUAUCCUGAUUCAUACCUCUGACACGACACAUGUAAAAACUAACUAAAAACCAUCAACUUACUCAUAUUUCAAUGUCAAUCAAUGUGAUCAAUAAGUGAAAAGAAAAAGUGAAAUAUUAAGCUAAAUAAACUUUUAAACGUAACGCAAAUGUCACGCGAGCAAUGUUCUUCUCGAAACAAACAUGCCCCAAAUAAUUUCAAAUAUUUAUUAACUUCCUUUCCUCUCUGUCUCAUAGAUGUUCUUGUCUCUGGUAUGGAAAUGUUUUGUGAUAAGAAUGGUAACUUGUUCAAUUAUGUUCAAAAAAAACUUGAUGCCCUGGAGUCCCAUACUCACAAAACAUGGCGCAGCAUUGGAAGAGAGCUGAAAGUUUAUCCUGAUACUUUAAACUUGAUAGAAGCUGACACAAGAAGUCCCACAGCAUGUCUACUUGAAACAUUAAAAACUUCUGUAAAGGAGCCUACAAUGAGGGAAUUUGUUCAAGCCCUCAAAAAUUGUGGAAGAAAUGACAUUGCAAAAUACAUCUGCAACAGGCCAUGGGCCUCAACAGAACAUUAAGGGAGAAAGGAAAGAAUACGUGAUAUUUAUCUCAAAUAGUAUUUUUGAAUGAUAAUGAAUUUUUUACAGACGUGCACCUAGUUUCUCCCUCAAUAGCAUCAGAACCAAUCAAAAUAUUUCAAACAAAAUUCUCAGACAGAACAAGACAGGGGAAAGUGAGAAAAAUUCUGAGAAUCUGAAUGAAGGCAUGAUUGCAUUAUGCUUUAAGUGCAGUAGACACAAUGGUUUCUUACAAAAUAGACUCGGACAAGGAUGAACAAGUUGAGGGAUAAUAAAUAUUAUUAGACGUAGUGUGGCCACUAUAAGCUAUGUAUCCCAGGGUUCAAAGAUGAAGUUCUCUGUGGAAGCUUCUGGCUGCUUGAGGCUAUAAGCACACUAGCUAUAGUUGGCUACCACAAUGCUGGUAAAAUUGUUACAUACAUGUACACUUUUAUACAGUUGACCUUUAAAGGCUCAUAGGACAAACAGAAGCAUACUCAUUUUGAGUUUCAACCCAAAAUCCUCUAACAGAUGCAAAACUCCAGUAAAGCAAAAAAGAGUAACAAACAAAAAACCCACAUACAGUGCAUGCACAAUACAAUGGGAAUUUCUGUACCCAGAAGAAUAGUAUUGUUGAUAAAAUAUUGAUGUUUCUAUGCAUGAAGUUAUUGUGUACGUUUUGUGAAGCAGUUUAACUUAAAACACAAGACAAGUACGUAAUUGCUUAAUAUAGCUAUUACAGCAUAUAAGUGAGUAUGGCUUUACUUAACAAGAUGCUAACUGGGAUAAAUUAACAAGCAUCUUUACAACAAAGAUUGUAAAAUUUGCAGUUUUUAUGCGGUCAUUUAUUUUUAUUUCCUAAGGAUGGAGUAAUGGCAGCAAAUUCAGCGUUCAUAUUGGUGUACAAAAUAUUUGACAGUUGCUGUGGCAACAACAGAAAUGAGAUUAUGACAUGGCAUGGUUUACUAAAUUAGUCAUGGCAGACUGGAGCUGCAUUAAACCAAUUCAAGUUAAACAUAUAUUUAAAGAAAACAAUAUAUGUAUCUCAAAUAGUAUUUUUGAAUGAUAUCUUAAUUUUGUUAAACCAUGAACCUUUCUGGUAUUUUGUUCUUAAAAAUGGUAUGGUAUAGAUAAUUUAAUUGAUACAUAACUAUUGCCUUAAGAUUAAGAACUACACAUUAGAGACAAAGUGUUUGGGUUAACUUUAGGCAUCAAAAGCUGUCUUUCUGAUUUAAUUGAUGUGUGAAUUAAUGAGAGGUGGUUAUUAAUGAGAAUUUCUGACCUCUAUUUUUACUUAAAAUUUACUUUAUUAGGGAUUUGUAUCAUGCAAUCUUCUUUGUUUAAUUUUUUAAAUGCUUACUUGAAAAUCACUCUUAAAUUUAAUAAGCUAUGGGAUAAUAAUUUAAAGCUAUAUGAAAAUUAUUUAAUGCUAGGAACUUUUCAACAUUUAGUGAAGAAAUGAUGUUUCCACUGUGACUCAUUAUAUGUCUUUUACACUGCUUAUUAAUGUCCAGGAUUGUUUACAAGACACCAAGGGAAAAAAAAGACGAUUAAUGCAAGGUUAAGAUUUUAACAGUGUUACAAGAAUUAGAGAACAUGAUUUAAUUGGGUGAAAGCUGACUGAAUAUUAUUUGUCAUCACUGGCUUUCAAAUGUGUAUUUUGGAC